GAAUCCAACUCCAGCACCUCUACGACAGCCAACACCCCCACCACCCCGACCCCCCCCCCACCACUUUUCCUGUGGUGAAGAUGGAGAAGGAAGUUGGCUUCAUCCAGCUGUGUACUCCAGGGGUGAUCAAACAGGAGAAGACGUCGGCCACGCGUAGCUACACCUGCCAGAUGAGCGGUAGUACCGGCGGCUCCACUUCCUCCUCCCCCUCAGAGCUGUCCAGCCCCAGUCCCAUCUCCAUCUGUGGGGUGAGCACCUCUGGAGGACAGAGCUACCACUUUGGAGUCAACAGCACCAUUACUACCAGUGGAGCUUCUCAGCAGAAGGACCAGAAGCCCUCUGUGUUCAGCCUGUAUCCUCCACUGGGGACCAUAGGAGAGGUCUGGAACAACAGUAGCUAUGGGGACGGAGCUUCUGGAAUACAAGGUCUCUCCAGCCCUACCUCCUCCUUCUCCAGCACCUAUGCCAGGUAAGGAGAAGAAUUGUUGCUAAUAAAGAAACUGUCCUGUAGUUGGUCUGGUGGAAGUUUGGUGGUGGUCUGGC